AUGGCGGACGAUAAUAAUUUGACAAUUAUCCCUAACAAUGAUGGAUUAGAUGGAUCAGCACUCCAAGGAAUUUGUGAGACACGUUGGGUGGAAAAACACGAUGGACAUUUGCAGUUUCAAGGAGAUUCUUUAUCCAAGAUAUGUAAGGCUUUGAAUACAAUUUCAACUUGGCAGGAUGCUAAAACAGCUUCAGAUGCUCAAUCCUUACUAUAUACUUUGCAAAACUCAGAUUUCAUCAUUUCAACAUUUUGUCUCUGUGAUGUCUUAGGAACAACAGUACCGCUCAGUCGUCUUCUUCAAACUCCAUCCCUGGACUUAAAAAGGGCCACAACCGCUUUGACUGAUACUAUUACUAUUCUCGAGGAUAAAAGAAAAAGGGCCGAUGAUGUUUUUCAACAACUGUUUUCUGAAAUUCGAGACGUUGCUGAACAAUUAAAUGUAGAGCUGCGACCAAAACAUUUAAAGGACAGACUUUCCCCAGAUGUGAUGAAACUUUUUAAUCUACGAGUUUUUUUACCUCAUCAAACUGUUACAGAAGAAGAUCUUACAGCUGUUCGUGAACCUGCCGAGUUUUAUAAGAAUUUCUUAAAUGCUUCCGUAAAAGUUUUGGAAACAGAAUUUCGUCUUUGGGUGGCAAAAUGGCAGCGUGAAACAGAAGCAGGACUCGAAGUGCCCAACGAUCUUUCUAAGAUUAUUAAUGCCUGUGACAUCGAUUUGUACCCAUUAAUCAAUAUGUUGUUGAGAAUUUUAAUAACUCUGCCAGUUAGUGCAGCAACAGCAGAACGUUCCUUUUCAACUCUUCGAAGUCUCAAAACUUGGUUUAGAACAAAUCAAAAUCAAGAACGACUAAAUGGACUCGCGUUAUUAAACAUUCAUCGAGAAACUGAUUUGGAUGUUGAAAAAAAUCAUUGA